UAUAAUGUUGCUUUUUUCAGAAUGGAGUGCAGACAUUAUGUGGGCUUGGAGGAGCUGUGUCCAGUGUGUGGAGAUAAAGUCUCUGGUUACCACUAUGGUCUGCUCACCUGUGAAAGUUGCAAGGGUUUUUUCAAAAGAACUGUUCAAAACAACAAGACAUACAUCUGUAAAGAAAAGCAGGGGUGCAAAAUUGAUAUCAAUCAAAGGAAACAGUGUCAGUUCUGCAGAUUUCAAAAGUGUCUUCAUGUUGGCAUGCGACUGGAAGCUGUUCGUGCAGAUCGGAUGCGAGGAGGUAGAAACAUGUUUGGCCCCAUGUACAGGCGUGACCGAGCCCUCAAGCAGCAGAGGAAGGCUUUGAUUCCAUCUAGUGGAUUCCGAAGAGACCACAGCCCCCCUUUGGGCUCCUCAACCCACCACAGGGACUUGAACUUUAGUGAUGGCCUCAAUCCAGUUACCAUCCUUCACAGCACCUUGCUACCUACAACACAGAAUGAUUUGAUCAGCUGCCAGCCUCCAUCACUGAGUCCCCUCCUGCCAUCCAACACACCGGGGGCCACACACUACCAGUGUGCAUCCUUCUCAUACUGGGCCAUCAGGUCAGAGUACACCAACAACUGUGCAAGCUCACUAGCCUCUGCUGCAAGAAUCAACUCAUACGAGCUAGUCUCAAGACCUUCCUUAGCACAAGGCCCCAGGAUGCCCCAGCUGGUAAUGGAGCUCUUGAGCUGUGAUCCAGAUGAGCUACAGUUGCAGGACAAGAUCACUGCUCAUCUCCUACAGGAGCACAUGGGCUGGGAGAACCACAGGAACCCCAGCACCUUUAGAAUGAUGUGCCUCAUGGCUGACCAGAUGCUGUUCUUUAUUGUAGAGUGGGCUCGUGCAUCCAUCUUCUUCAAACAGCUUAAGGUGAAUGACCAAAUGCAGGUGCUGCACAGCUGCUGGAGCGAACUGUUGCUCCUGGACAUCAUCUCCAGACAGGUCCUGUAUGGUAAAGAGGGCAGCCUGCUUUUGGUCAGUGGGCAGGAGAUGGAGUUUCCUGAUGUACCUGCUCAUGCUGAUCUCACCCUUGCCAGCCUUGUCCAGGGAGGACAGGAGCUGAUUAAAAAGCUCCAAAUCCUAAAUGUGGACCGCCAAGAGUUUGCCUGCAUCAAGUUUCUCAUCCUCUUUAACCCAGAUGUAAAGCAGCUUGAAGACCAUCAGUUCAUAGAGAAUGUGCAGGGGCAGGUUAGAGGAGCCCUGCUGGAGUACACACUGUGCACUUCUUCACACCUACUCGGGCGCUUUGCUCAUCUGCAACUUUGUUUGUCUGAGUUACGCUUUCUCAGCAACCUUGCAGAGGACUACCUGUACUGCAAACACCUGAACGGUGAGGUGCCCUGCAACAACCUCCUCAGUGAGAUGCUCCAUGCCAGGCACAGCUGCUCAUGAAAACUCAGAGGCUCUGUGAUUAUCUGCAUGUAUGUUAGCAUACUAAAGCAUUGAGCUGUGAUGAAUGU